UUGUCUCUGGGCGGCCAGUGGAGUCUAGCAAAAUGCACAGGCAGAACCAAUGCCAAUGAUCUCCCCUGGCUGAAUCUCAAACCGAUUUUCUUUUUGGUGGGGGAGAGCGAUAGGAAAAAGAAGACUGAAGAUGUUUCAUUGAGCUCAAAGUUACAAGACUGUUUGAGUGUGUGGGUGAGUGAAAAGAGAGGGGGAGAGAGCGCGAGAGCAAAGGCACCUAUCGAGAGAGCAGGAGAGAGGCGGCACAGUUACCACAUUAAGCAGCAGACGCGACAUUUGUAGCAAGUGGAAAGAACGGAACCACAGAGAAAGACAACAACGCUUUCUUGUGGAUUACUGUUGGGAAAAUUUACUGCAAGAACUAAAACAAAUACAGUACACCAUCAUAGAAGAACGAAUAAUAAUAAGAUUUCUGGUCACAGAAAAACACACACGAUGCGCAAGGUUUGCGGCGCAGCCAUGCCUACCCGCCGCCUGUAGAGGGACCCGUCGCCCCCCAGCCCCGCCCCUCGGCCCCCCAGCAUGUCCUCCCACCCCCAGUCUGUACCCCAGGUCCGGCGGGCCGUGGACGCCAGACACCUGAGCAACCCCGCUGGCCUGCCUCUGCAGCUGGCCCGGGCGCACACGGAAGUAGGGCUGGCUGACUACCACUCUCACUCACGGGACUACACUUCCCACGUGCCCCAUGCAGCCAUGUCCCAGCCUCACCAUCGCCGUCGACCCUCCCUUCUGUCCGAGUUCCAGCCUGGGAAUGAGAGAGGUCAAGAGCAGCACAUCCGCUACGAGCACAUUUACAUGCAGGACCCCAACAGCCAGUCGGAGGUGGAGUACGCCGAAAUGAAGCGCCCACGACUGGAGAUGGGGGCGGAGUCUCUGCUGCGUCACUCCGGGCACCGCCAGGCCGCUCAGAUGGGCGGCUCUGAGGACUUGUCCAAGGACCGAGGGAGCGCCAUGGGCAAGCUGGAGCCCAUCUCCCCCGUCAGCCCGGCCCAGAUGGACCCGGACCUGGACCUGGUGCCGGCCCGCUUCUCCAAGGAGGAGCUGAUCCAGAACAUGGACCGCGUGGACCGGGAGAUCACCAUGGUGGAGCAGCAGAUCUGCAAACUGCGCAAGAAGCAGCAACAGCUGGAGGAGGAAGCAGCCAAACCCCAGGAGCCGGAGAGGCCCAUCUCCCCCCCGCCCAGCGAGGCCAAGCACCGGAGCCUGGUGCAGAUCAUCUACGACGAGAACAGGAAAAAGGCCGAGGAAGCCCACAGGAUCCUGGAGGGGCUCGGACCCAGAGUGGAGCUGCCUCUCUACAACCAGCCGUCCGACACUAAGCAAUACCAUGAGAACAUCAAAAUAAACCAGGCGAUGAGGAAGAAGCUCAUUCUGUACUUCAAGAGGAGAAACCAUGCGCGCAAACAGUGGGAGCAGAAGUUCUGCCAGCGCUAUGACCAGCUGAUGGAGGCCUGGGAGAAGAAGGUGGAGCGCAUCGAGAACAACCCGCGGCGCCGCGCCAAGGAGAGCAAGGUGCGCGAGUACUACGAGAAGCAGUUCCCCGAGAUCCGCAAGCAGAGGGAGCUGCAGGAGCGCAUGCAGAGCAGGGUGGGGCAGCGCGGGGGGAGCCUGGCCUCAUCAGCGGCACGCAGCGAACACGAGGUUUCUGAGAUUAUCGACGGCAUCUCCGAGCAAGAGAACUCCGAGAAGCAGAUGAGGCAGCUGGCCGUCAUCCCGCCCAUGCUGUUCGACGCCGAGCAGCAGCGCAUCAAGUUCAUCAACAUGAACGGGCUGAUGGACGACCCCAUGAAGGUGUACAAGGACCGGCAGGUCAUGAACAUGUGGAGCGAGCAGGAGAAGGACACCUUCCGCGAGAAGUUCAUCCAGCACCCGAAGAACUUUGGCCUGAUCGCAUCCUUCCUGGAGAGAAAGACGGUGGCGGAGUGCGUGCUCUUCUAUUACCUGACCAAGAAGAACGAGAACUACAAAAACAUUGUGCGCCGGAACUACCGCCGCCGCGGCCGCAGCCAGCAGCAGCAGCAGCAGCAGCAGCAGCAGCAGGUGAGCCGCAGCAGCCAGGAGGAGAAGGAAGAGAAGGAGAAGGAGAAGGAGGGAGAGCGGGAGGAGGAGAAGGCUGAGACCGACGACAAGGACGACGGGCUGAAGGACGAUACCUCCGGCGAGGACGGGGAGGACAAGGAGCCGACUGUGGCCUUCAAGGGCCGCCGCACGGCCAACAGCCAGGGCCGGAGAAAGGGCCGCAUCACCCGCUCCAUGGCCAACGAGGCGGACGAGACCACCACGCCGCCGCUCAGCAGCGAGCUGGCCAAUCUGGAGAUGAAUGAGAGCUCUCGCUGGACGGAGGAGGAAAUGGAAACCGCCAAAAAAGGCCUCCUUCAGUAUGGUAGGAACUGGUCCUGCAUUGCCAAGAUGGUGGGCUCCAAAUCCGUAUCUCAGUGCAAGAACUUCUACUUCAACUACAAAAAGAGGCAGAAACUGGACGAGAUUUUGCAGCAGCACAAAAUGAAAUCGGAGAAGGAGCGCAAGGCCCGGAGGAAACGCAAGGCCGCCACCAACGAGGAGGCCAGCGCCCCGUCCGCCGCCGAGGAGGAGGAGAUGGAGGUGUCCGGCGCCAGCGGCAACGAGGAAGAGGCCGCCGAGGACGGAGAAGCAGGGCCCAACAACAGCUCGGACACGGAGAGCCUGCCGUCGCCCCGGUCCUCCGAGGAGAGCAAGUCCAAAGAGGAGAGCAAGCCCGGCCAGGGGCCCGGGUCCGAGGGGGCCGCGGGGGACCAGGACGCCGCCCUGGGCGAGGCGGGGUCGGGAGGGGACGAGAAGCCGCCGAACCUCCGGGAGGCGGAGCAGGCCAUCAAGCAGGAGGUGAAGAGCGAGGCGGGGGAGUGCAGCAAGGAGCAGCCUGCCGAAUGCGCCGACAAGAAGCCCCCCGCCGAGGCGGAGGCGGGGAAGGGGUCCGGCAAGGGGUCCAAGAGGGACCACGGGCCCAAGACGGGCUCCAACGGCGACAGCGACUCCAGCGCCACCUGCAGCGCCGACGAGGUGGAGGAGACGGACAGCGCCGACAAGAUCAGAAUGACCUCACCCAGGCCCAGCCUGCUGAACUACUCCCACGAGGGGGUGAUCUCCUCCCCCCUGCAGAAACCCAUGGACCUCAAGCAGCUCAAGCAGAGGGCUGCUGCCAUCCCCCCCAUCAUGCCCGAGGCGUCGGCGCAGGGAGGGGCCCGGGGCGGCGGGAAGCAGCAGGUGUCCCCCCACGCGCUGGCGCUGUACCAGCAGCAGAUCACCAUGGCGCACGAGUCCUCGCAGGAGGGCUCCCCCCACGGCAAGCAGCAGAAAGCGCAGGUGCACCCCCAGCAGCAGCAGCAGCAGCAGCAGCAGCAGGCUGACAGGGAGGCCCACGUCAGCAGCAGCCCCCGCGUCCGGACCCGCAGCCCCGCCUCCACCGCCAGCGACAAGGACGAGAUGGAGGGCAACGAGAGGUGGCUACAGACUCUGCUUCACGGAUUACAUAAGUCCCGGGCCUUCUCUCCGCUCGGGGAGGGGAAGAAGCAGGGCAGGGGCGCCGAGGACCCCAGACCCGCCAACCUGAGCCGCCCGGUGCUGUCGCCCUACCAGCUCUCGCACCGGGACAUGGCCAAGCUGAGCCACGACCAGCACCUGCUGCACUUCAGCCAAGCCCUCCACGCAUUCGGCCGCUGGUCAGCUGACCCUCCGCGUGUCUCCGCAGCCUCCUUCCAGGCCGGCCCGCACGGCGUCCCCCUCGGCCUGCCGCAGGACAGCGGCCGAAUGGCGGCCGUGCGCCCGCUGCACAUCCCCGAGCCGCCCCCCCUCAUCUCCUCCUCCAAGCCGGGCGGCUCCAUCACGCAGGGUACCCCGGUCCAGCUGCACAGCCCGGCCCACGGCUCGGAACAGGGCAAGAUCCCCGCCGGGCCGCUGGGCCUGUCCUGGAUGGAGCCGAAGAAAGCGGGUGAGUCCAAGUGUCUGGAGUGGGUGACACACUCCCAGCCCUGGUUCGCUGGGCCGUUCGCCGUGGUCAAGCAGGAGCAGCUGUCCCCCCGCGGUCAGGCCCCCCAGGCGGAGAACCUGUCCACCCAGGGGACGUCGUACGACGGCUCCGCGGGACGGGCAGGGUCCAUGCCUGCCGUCCAAGGCGGCAGCAUCACUAAGGGUCUCCCGGGAACCAGGGUUCACCAGGACACGCCCAUCUCCUACAGAGGGGGGUCCAUCACUCAGGGCACCCCGGCGGACGUCCUGUACAAGGGCACCAUCACCCGCCUGAUCACGGAGGACAGCCCCAGCCGGGCCGAGCGGGCGCGCGAGGAGGCCCUGUCCAAGGGUCAGCUGGUCUACGAGGGCAUCAGCGGGCACAUCCUCUCUUACGAAAGAACCACACCUCAGAAUCCUAAAGAGGAGGGCAGGGGAGUCCCGGGUGAGAUUCUGGGGCUGAAGCGUCCCUAUGAUGUCAUGGAGGGGGGAAUCUCCCGCGGCCUGCCCAUCCGGGACUCGCUGUCCGCUGCAAACUGCGAAGGGCUGAUAGGCAGAGCCAUGCCCCAGGAGCGGCACAGCCCACACCACUUCAAGGAGUCGCACCACAUCCGCGGCUCCAUCUCGCAAGGCAUCCCCCGCCACGUGGACCCCCAGGACGAGUACCUGCGGAGGGAGGUCAAGCAGAUGAAGAGGGAGAGCUCCCCGUCCCGCGGCUCAGGCCCGCCCCCCGACUCCCUGAAGCCCCGCCCCCACGAGGGCAUGGUGCCCACGGUGAAGGAGGGCGGGCGCUCCAUCCACGAGAUCCCGCGCGAGGAGCUGCGCCACGUGCCCGAGGCCAUGCUGACGGGCAAGGCUGGCAAAGAGGGCUCCAUCACCCAGGGUACCCCCCUGAAGCAGGAGUCGGGCGGGUCGGGGAAGCGGCACGACGUGCGCUCCAUCAUCGCCAGCUCGCCGCGCUCCUACCACGGCGGGCCCCCGCACCUGGAGGCGCGGGGGCCCGAGCGCGGGCGCUACGAGGAGGGCCCCAAGGGCCGCCCCAGCGCCGUGGUCAGCGCCGCCAGCUCCAUGGCCCUGGGGCCCGAGCAGGCGGCCAAGGCCCACCACAGCCCGCUGGGCUACGAGGAGCACAAGGGCCUGCUGCGGGGCCCCUACCCCGGCCCCGCCCACCGCGGCUCGCCCGUGUCCUCCCGCGAAUCCGGCCAGCGCCAGCACGAAGGUGCCAGUAAGUCCCAGCCCCAGGAGCGCAAGGCCACGCCCACGCCUCGGGAGAUGAGCUCCACCAAGUCGCCGCUGCAGGGUGUGGCCGAGCACCACCCCACGCUGGCCACAUACGCUGGCCUGCUCCAGGGCCUGGGGGCGGACGUGUACCGUGGGCAGAUCCCCCUGACCUUCGACCCCGCCGCCCUGCCCAGGGGCAUCCCCAUCGACCCAGCCUACUAUCUUCCCCGCCACCUGGCCCCGAACCCGGCCUACGCGCACCCCUACCCGCCCUACCUGAUCCGCGGCUUCCCGGACACGGUGGCCCUGGAGAACCGGCAGACGCUGCUCAACGACUACAUCACCUCCCAGCAGAUGCACCAGUGGCCCGCGGCCGCCAUGGCGGCUCAACGCACGGACCUGCUGAGGGGCCUGUCGCCGCGGGAACAGCCCCUCACCCUGCCCUACUCAGCGGCCCCCCGCAGGAUCAUCGAUCUGUCUCAGGUGCCACACUUACCUGUCCUGGUCCCUCCCUCCGCAGGGGCGUCCGGCUCCCCCAUGGACCGCAUCACCUACAUCCCCGGAGCCUCCGGUGCCUUCCCCAACCGGCCCUACACCACCUCCCCCAUCUCUCCAGGCGGACCCUCGCACAUGAGCAAGGCUCAAGGAGGAUCCUCCUCAUCGGAGAGGGAGAGGGACCGGGACCGCGAGAGGGAACGGGAACGCGACCGUGAGAGGGACAGAGACCGCGAGAGGGAGAGAGAGAGAGACCGGGACAGGGAGCGGGAGCGGGAGAGGGAGCGAGACCGCGACCGGGAGAGAGAGAGGGAGCGUGAGAGGGAGAGGGACCGGGAGAAGCCCAGCUCUAUGGGACAGGGCACUGUGGAACACGCGCCCAUCUGGAGACCAGGCACAGAGCAGAGCCCGGUUGGGAGCGGCGGCGGCGGCGCCCGUGGCUCCGCCCACUCCUACGGCCACCAGCACUCGCCCGUGUCCCCUCGCACCCAGGACAGCCUGCAGCAGCGGCCCAGCGUGCUGCACAACACCGCCGGCAAGAGCAUGCCGGUCUCCGCCGAGCACGCCAACCCCUCCGUCCUCAGGUCUCUGCCGCCGGGCUCUUCGCGUUACCAGGGCUACGGUGGCCACCUGCCCUACCUCGGCCUGGACUCUGCGGUGCACAAAGAGCUGAGCCGGGGCUCCGAAGGGGGCAAAGCUCACAGCCGGGGAGGCAGCGGCGGCCAGUCCAAACACCCCCAGGACCAGCACGGGUCCUCCUCCUCGUCCAGCAAGUCUGAGCCCAAGCUCGUGAGCCCGCCCCCUGGGAUAGUGUACGGCGGGGCCUACCCCCCGGCCGCCGCCCACCUGGGGCACCACCCGGGCCGGCCCCACCCGCUGCUGCCCCCCCACCAGCACCCCCCCCAGCCGGAGAGCGGGCCCGGCCGCGGCGACGGCGGCGGCACCCCUAGUAGGGAAAAGACUCAUAACAAACUGAUGUCCACACAGGAAGUGGAGCUCCGAGCACUCGGUAAGACCACCAUGACUGCGGCCAACUUCAUAAACGCGAUUAUCAUGCGUCAAAUUUCUUGUGAUACGGGGAUGCCAGAGACGGGCUCGCCCACAGCCGACGGCGAGUGCGAUGCAGCCCAGCAGAAGAUGGCGUCCAUGGAGCCGCAGCACGGCCACUAUCGCCCCCCCUCGGAAGAGAGCCUCUCCCCCACCCACCCCGGCCAGCAGCCCGCCAACCCCUACGCCAAGGGCAGCCAGCAGAGGGUGGUGACGCUGGCACAGCACAUCAGCGAGGUGAUCACAAAGGACUACAACCGGGAGCAGACCCAGCAGGCGCCGUACACCUUCCAGACCUCGCCAGUGCUGGACCUGACACGGCCCCCCAGCACCCCCCAGCCUCAGCAGGCCCCUCAGGACCCAGGCCAGGGCUCCCGCUACCCUGAGGGAGGGUCCGGAGAGCGGGUCAGAGACAGGUCUCCUCUUCAGAGUAAGGUGUCUCCGGAGAGCCUCUCUGCAGAUGGCAUUGAACCCGUGUCACCUGCUGGUGGGCUGUCUGAACCUGAGAUGCAAGGAGGCUCUUACUCCAACGAGCAGGGGGACCAGGCGAUGGGCUCCCGCUCCCCGGCCAACAGCUCGCAGCCUCCGGCCUUCUUCAGCAAGCUGACGGAGAGCAACUCGGCCAUCGUCAAGUCCAAGAAGCAGGAGAUGAUCAAGAAGAUGACGGUCAGCGGCAACGAGGCCGAUUUUAAUUCGGGCCAGCCAGGGACAGAGAUAUUCAACAUGCCGGCCUCUACGACAGCAGGGCCGGUCGCACCUCGGACCCACCCUCCUCCUGAAACGACGGGUAACACCAUAGGCCUGGAGGCCAUCAUCAGGAAGGCCCUGAUGGGCAAGUAUGACGACCAGGCGGAGGACCGCUCCGCCCCCAGCGCCGGUAACCCCCUGGCUGCCGGUAUGCCCGCCACUGUGCCCGGAGCAGAGGGGCGCCAGGAGGACUCUUACUCACUGCCAGGUGUGGGCAAGGCCAAGGGCGGGGGCCGCUCCAACGGGCGCAAGGCCAAGUCCCCGGGGCCCGGGCUGUCGGGGGGCGAGAGGCCCUCGUCCGUGUCCUCCGUGCACUCCGACGGGGACUGCCACCGCCGCACACCCCUCACCAACCGCGCGUGGGACGAGCGGCCGUCCUCCGCAGGCUCCACGCCCUUCCCCUGCAACCCCCUGACCAUGACCAUGCGCUUCCCGGGCGGGAUGGUGUCCUCGGCGCAGUCCCCCGGGCAGGGGCAGGGCCAGGGGCAGGGGCGGGCCUGGGACGAGGAGCCCAAGCCCCUGCUCUGCUCCCAGUAUGAGACCCUGUCCGACAGCGAGUGAGGGGCCCCCAGACCGGACCGGACCUGCUGCUGCCUCACACACACGCCCACACACCCACGGUGACCCCCCCAACCCUCCCCACACGGCUCCACAACCGCCAGCAAGCGCGAAGAUGAGCUCUCCACCCCGACGGACCGCCCUGCCCCAAAGGAUGCUGGGAGGGAGGCUCUGAUGGAGCACUGCUGAGUGUGUGUGUGUGUGUGUGCAUGCGUGUCUGUGUGGAUGUACGCGUGUGCACAGUCACUCCAGGACUAUUCGUAGGAUAAAUCACUUUCUUUUUUCUAAAUGUUUUUCUCUUGCUGGCCUUAUCAAUGGAGAAACACACCAACUGGCGUGGCGUUUUGUGUACGGACGUGCUGCGUUUUCCGUCUCGGACUGUCUGUGGAAGGGACUUGGUACGACCCCGUAGUCAGAUGCCAACCUCUUUUUUUUUUCUUUUUUUAAACCAAUAAAAUUCUGCAUUUCCACACACCGCAAGCAGAACCCGCUCGCCCUCUUCAAGGAGGCUAAUUUGACACAGGAACUGCCCCCCCCCCCUCAAAAAAGAGGAAGUGCAACAGUGCCUCCACGCUUGGGCGUGCGUCCUCUCAGCCACGGACUCAGGAACUCGGGCCUUUCAAAAAAAUCAUUUAAAAUGCUGACGGUUUCACCAAACCAGCCACGCCUUCUGAACACCCCGCCCCGCUCGCACGUCGCCGCGGGAACCGAGGGGCGGAACCGAGAGGCAGACGCGCUGCAGGACGCUCUCCUCUCCUCACGUUCGCCCCGCCCUCUCGGCCGAGCUCACUGACGCCUUCCCCCCCCCCCAAUGAGCGGGGAGAGCAGGAAGUCCGACCGGAGCGAAGCCCCGCCCACGCCACCAGCAGCAGUGCCUGCUGUCCGUCUCUCCCGUCAAUCUCCUGCAGGGGGCGGACCGUCGCAUUAGCCCCGCCCAGCCCGAAGCUUGCAGAGACGGACGGAGGGACAGAAAAAACGAAAAGAAAGCAUCUUGUUUCCCAAUGUUGUUUUUUGUUUUGUUUCUUUCUUUUUUCUUUUUCUUUUAAAGUCAUGCCAGUCCAGUCCUGUGUUUGAAAGUGAGCUGAGACCUUUAAAUGAUGGUGACUUUCGUGUCAGUCGUUGUCUUUGUUUAUUUGCGAUUAGCUAUACUGGGGGGGGUGUUAACUUGGGUGUGUUGUUUCAUUGGUUUACAGGGUAUUCAUGCUGUUCAUUGUUCGUGUAAUCAUACAUUCAGAAAAGUGUUUUUUUUGUCUUUUGUAAGGCAGGUGGAGAGGCGUAUUGUCUUGAAGCAAAAAAAAAAAAAAGAGAGAGAGAAACUGGCGAACUACGUCAAUAAGACCGAGGGCUGCUCUUUUUCUCUGGUCGUUGUUUUAUAUUUACGGUGUACAUACGUUUGACUGUAUCGAGACUGUUCUUUGACAUUGAGCACUUAGACGUAGGUCUUUGCAGCGGCAUUUUAGAUGAACCUGCGUUCGGGCAGGUGGAAGCGGAUUGCGAAGGAAGCAGAGUCUCCCGCAGGUUUCAUUCAGGCCCGGACUCGCUCUCCGAGCCGGCGCUCUUUGUGCACCGCGGGUUUUAAAACAGGCCCCGCUGUGCAGAUGCAGCUGGACUCGCACCCGGGUUCGAGGGAAGUUUGAAUUCUGCUCAGAAAAGGACGCCUCUCCCCCCGUGAAACGCCUCUGUGCCGCGAAACGGAGGCCGUCCCCGCGUUUGGGCCUCAGCAGGCGCCGCCGCCGGCCAUAGUCUCGUCCUUAGGCCCUUUCCUUAAAAAGCGUGCCUGCAGAUGUGGGGGUGUGCGUUCGCCCCUCUAAUCCUCGUGUUCAGGUACAGUCACACCCGUGCUGUCAUACCAGGUGUAAAAAAAAAAAAACAAAAGAAAAAAAAGACUUGUAUCCUAUAUUCUUUUGUACAGUUUUGAAAUAUUCCUAGCGUUAAGUGCCAUUUAUUUUGCAUAUACAGUACUGAAGAUACCAAGUGACUACGCACAAUUUAAUUUUUCUCUUUUUCAUGCCAGGAUUAUAGGUGAGGUGCUGGGGAUUCGGAAGGGUUAGGGAAGCAUCCCUAUUUCCAUUCUACAGAGGAUUACUUUCAAAUUUGUUAAAAUGUGAUUUUUUUUCUGGACCAGUUAUUCCCCGCCCCCCCCAUCCCCCCUCCACCUGAGUCUUGCUUCCUAUUGGUAGUCAGCGUCAGAACCAUUGUGUUCUACACCUAUGUUCUCCCCAAGCCUGUUCAGUUGCGAGUUGACCGUACAGUACUUGUACAAUAAUGGUUGUCAGUAGUAACAGUGGCAAUUUGAACGGUUAUGCUACUGCAUUAGACCAAAUGAAUUAUGUCCCUUUUACUUAGUCCUGAUCCUAAUGUAUAUAAACACUAUUGAGAACAGGGUGGCUGGCUGAGAAUGGAUCAAGCCCACUCUCUGUCUGGGGAGCCAGACACAGUCUCAUAUUUUAGCUGGUCCACAGCUGGGUUAAUACACCUCCCUGGUGUUAUCAGUGCUGGGAAACGUAAGAUAAUCAACCUUUCUGUGAUUCACUGGUGAAUCGGUAAUACCGUUUAGGAAUACCCUCGUUUGUACUCGAUGCGAAGGCUGUAUGGCAGUAGUGUCAGCUCUGUUUGUCUUCAGGUGGAGUGUAAGCGAACUCUCCCCGGUCUGUUUGAUGGGCGUCUCUCUCGUCUGCUCUGUGGACAGUAAUGGAAGUUCUAACGGUGCUGCCUGGUCUUUCAGCAAAAGUAAUCUUAAGAGCAGCACACACAAUAGGAAGGAAAAGAUAAUAAUUUUGAACUCUUUCCCCCCUCCACUCAAAAUGGAUCUUGUCUGGCUCUGUUGUGUCUGUUGGGGCGUUGGGGGGUUAAGGGUUGCGGGGGGGAUGGUAGUGAAUGGGAGAAUGGAACACCUUGUACUUUAGAUGGAAAACAGCCGUUAUGAAAAUGGAGUUGAAUCAGUGCCACCCUCUGGACCGGACUAGAACUACACACUCCAUUUGUCCAAAUUGAGAAUCGAAACCAAAUUACAAAUUAUGGUAAUCAUGUACAAGUAGAAUGAUGAGAGCAGAGUGUUUUAUGAUAAUUAAAGUGAGGGUAUAUAUAAGACGUUUUGAAAUUUAGUAAAUCAUACAGCACUGUCUACGAACACUGUACUCAAACGCUGUGGAAUUGUCAACGCAACCUCUGAACCUUUUUUUUUUCCUUCAUUUUUUAUAUGUUAAAUCCUGAGCAGGAGCCGUAAAGAGAUGUUUAGCUCUUUAGGACUGACGGAAGAGAAACAAAGGCUAAUUCAUAUCCAGAUUUUAACACUUAAAACGAUAGUUCUAGAAAUGCGUUGUUUUUUAAAAAGUGUCUGGGUUUUUGUGUGCGUGCGUGCGCGUGUGCGUGUUCAUUUUUUUAUUGACGACAUUCUUGUUCUGUUUUUCUUUUUCGUGGAUCUUGUUUGCUCUUGUGCUGCCUGCUUUUGAUUUUAGCCUAUCGUGCAAUCGAGAGCGACUUUUCACUUUUAAAGUUAAAGAUGUUAGUGUUAUUUCUUUUCAAUUAAAGAAAUGAUUUUAAAAGACACGUAAAGAGAAUAGCCAAUAUUAUGUUCCAGAAACCUACAAGGGGGAGGGCGGGCGGGGUGCUGGUGGUGGGAGGCGGCAUAUAGUUUGAACAACCAUAUUGUGCAUAAUGAUUUUCGUUUUAUUUUUUAUUAUUAUUCUAACCCGGUGUAUUAUAGCAAGGACUGUAUAUAGAACUGAAAAGAUGUAAAUAUUUAUGUGGCUUGCUGCAAGGUCGGUAUUCACAGGAAGACUGUAUUCACUGUUUAACUCUACAUGCCCACCAGCAAGCUUCGUGGAUAGCAGUGUAAAAAAUGAAAAAAAAUGAAAAAAGCACUGCCUUAAUGUUUAAAUAAAAAGCUUAUUGCCAUUGA